AUGACAACAAGAACCAAAGGCCAAUACGGUCUAAUCUACCGCCUCCUCUUCUUCUACCUCGAACCCUUCUCCUCCCUCGGCGGCUCCUACCUAACCCACUUCACCCCUCAAAAAUACUUCUCAAUAGUAAUCCCAGGAAACACCGAUCCAAUCCUGACAAACACCCAACUCCUCUCCACGAACCUCGCAUCCUCCUACGUCCACUUCACAAUAAUCGAAGCCAUCCUCUUACGUACCACGAAUGAUAUAAAAGUAUGGAGAGCGGCUGUAUUUGCCAUGUUGGUUAAUGAUUUGAUACAUCUUUAUGGACUUUAUGUGGCGAGGGAGAAGGAAGGGUUGGGGUUUAUGUGGGACUUUGGGAGGAAGGAGGAUUGGGAGACUUUUGGGCCGAGUUAUUUACCGUUGGUUUUGAGGUUGUGCUUUUUGGCGGGGUGGGAUGGGUGGAAGGGGGAAGAAGGGGGGGUUGUGGUUGGGAAGAAGGGGGUUUAG